GGCGGGCGAGUGGAAGCUGGGACGUGGUGGUUUUUUUUUAUCAGCGGGCGGCGAGGCUAACGGUCCAACACGCAAUGGCUAACCCGAAAGUCUUCUUCGACAUCUCUAUCGGCAACCAUCCAGCCGGACGCGUGGUGUUUGAGCUAAGAAAGGAUGUUGUUCCAAAGACUGCAGAGAACUUCCGUCAACUGUGCUUAAAGGAACAAGGUUCUGGCUACAGAGGAUCAGUUUUCCACCGAAUAAUUCCUGGCUUUAUGUGCCAGGGUGGAGACUUCACAGCUGGCAAUGGUACUGGUGGCAGGUCCAUCUAUGGUUCCAAAUUUGACGAUGAAAACUUCACCCUGCGCCAUGAAGGCAUUGGUAUAUUGUCAAUGGCUAAUGCUGGGCCCAAUACAAAUGGGUCACAGUUCUUCAUCUGUACUGCAAAGACUGACUGGUUAAAUGGAAAGCAUGUUGUGUUUGGAAAAGUUGUAGAAGGGAUGAACGUUGUGAAGGCGAUGGAAGCUGUUGGAUCAAGAAAUGGGACACCAAGCUCCCGUGUUGUCAUUACUGAUUGUGGGGAGUUGUAAGGAAAGCAUUCAAAACAGCUACUGUAUGUAGUCCACCCAACUGAUGACCAGAAUCUCUCUCCUUCUCAUUGUCAGAAAAGUGAAAUUCCAAGAUCAUCACUUGUUUGCCAUGAUUAGUCAUUCAUGCUGUGGUGUAGUUGGGCUAGUAUAACACUUCAUACUAGUGAUAUGACAGUGCUUUGCUUCAUUCAGCUACUGGACCAAUGCUUGUUUUAUAAUGGGAACAACCAUCCAGAUGUAAUUAUUGACUGUUGCCUUAUACUGAAUCACUGCAUUCAAAUAAACUAAAUACUUGUCACCUA